AUGGCCCACUUUAUGAGUCUGCAACACCCCUUUUCUGCCCGGACAGUAGCUGAGUUAUUUGUGGACAACGUUUCCAAGCUCCACGGAAUGCCAACAACCAUCAUUAGUGAUUGGGGUGACUCGAGAGUGGAAGAGGUGGAUGUAUCGCUAACGGCCAGGGAAGCCUCACUCCAACUCAUAAAAUUCCAUUUGAAAAGAGCCCAGAAUCGUAUGAAGCAGCAGCAGGACAAGAAGAGGAAAGAUGUCACGUUGCAAAAGUUAUUCCACAAGCUCUCACCAAAGUAUUUUGGGCCAUUUGAAGUGUUGGAAAGGAUUGGGGAAGUUGCUUACAAGCUGGAACUCGGGGCCGACAACAGAAUACAUAAUGUCUUCCAUGUCUCACAAUUAAAAUCAUUCAAAGGUACCCCUGCUGCUGUAGAAAAUAUUCCCCAACUUAGCACACAACCAAACAGGACCGGAAAAAUUGUUGGUGAACAAGACAUAAUGGUGCAAGGAAAAUUGAAAAAACAGAUGCUAAUCAAUUGGGAUGGGGCCCAAACAGAAGACCAAACUUGGGAAGAUGCAGAAGUUAUAAGUAUUCAAAUGCCCAGAGAUGCUAGCUGCAAGGAGGCCAACAAGACAACACUCUCUUCGUCGGGGUCGACAAACUUCUGA